AUGAUUACUACAGCCUUAUUUGUCUUUUUCAUCCUUCCUUUCGUCCAUUCCACUCCAGUAGCUGGAACCGAGCUUGCACUCCGUGGCAUCUCUCAAGCCCAGCCCGGAGCAAACGACUCUAAGUUUGUAUCCUGCAUGAAGGAAAAAUACCCUGGGUAUCCUAAUGAAAUAGUCAAGGACCAUAUAGACUUGAUCUACUGUGGUGAUAUUGCCGAGGCUAUAGAUGGAGAUAAUAACGGUCUAUCUACCCGCGAUAUUAGUAUCUAUCAAGUUACUAGCUAUCUGAAGGACCAGUUUAACCGGCUAGGGAUUCGUGAUGAUAGUCAAAGCCAAGCCGAAAAUCCGACCGAUUCCAUUUUUGUCACUUGUAUACAGGAGAAAUAUCCCUUGUUUCCCCACGAUAAACCAGCUUAUGAAGACAUUCAACGUUGCCAUGCUGCCAGACUUAAUCAACUCCACUCCCGCGGCGAUGACGACGAAAAUCGCCGAGACCCAGUCGUGGAUAUAUUUGGUAUUCCCGUUACCUUUGCAAAUGUCUGCACCGAUCGAGAUCUCCCGAAAAAUUUCCUAAAAGCCGCUGAUUUCCGUGCCGAUGCUAGACAAAUAUGUGAUGAUAUGGUAUCAGACCUUCUCAAGAACGCAACAGGCGUAUUUGGACAAAAUCUGAACAUCGCCUGGACGAAGAAAGCGUCGAGCCUAUAUAAACACAAGGACGUGAUAUUGUGGGCCACACUCAGCCUUUCUCCACAGGCUCGCUCAGCUUUGGCUGGUGUCAAGGCGGCAAAAGAAGCCUAUGAUACCAUCUGUAUGAAUGCUAUUAGCAUUUUUGGAACCAAGGGUGAAGGAUGUACCUCGGAGCUGGGUUCUAUUCAAGGGACUACCACCGGGGUGAAGGACGGAUUCCUAGAUCUUUUGAUCGGCGGAGUAAAGCAGGGCCUGUUGACGAUCGAUUUUAGACAGAAGGGAGAAGAGUAA